UUGUUCUUUUUCCUAACGAUGGUGGGUGAUAAUAAAUAAAACAAAAUCUUUAAAAGCUUAAUGUUCGGUCUCAAAUGGCAGCUACAACAACAACACAAUUGAUCAAUCUCACGUCCUCUCCACGCUCCAAUCUUCACCACUUCUCACCGAACAAUGUUCAUAUUCUUCAUCACCAACCCUUUCCUUCUAAACUCUACUACAACCAUCGUUCAAAUCUCAAAACCAUCAAUUGCAAUAGCAAGCUGAAUAACUCAAGUGGUGGAGAAGCAUAUGAGAUUGAUGAAGGUGUUUUUGGAGGAUAUGAUGGGAUUGAAGAGGAGAGUGAUGAGGAUGAUGCUGAGAGUAGUGUUGAUUUGUUGAUAAAAUUCUUGCAAAGUAUGUUUAAGAAGAUGGCUAAAAGGGCUAAAAAGGCUUCGAGGAGUGUUUUACCAACAGUUAUAUCUCCUCAACUUGUUUCUUUUGCUGUUGAUGGGACUCUGCUACUUGCUACACUUUCUGUUGUCAAAGCACUUCUUGAGGUCAUCUGCAACAUUGGAGGCACUGUAUUUGCUGCAAUUUUGGCCCUACGUGUGAUAUGGGCAGCUGUUUCUCACUUCCAGUCCAAUGGGAAUAGUUUCAAUCAAGGGAAUAAUUCCUUCGGUGCUAUAGCAUAGACAUCUUCUAUAAAUUUAGUUUGAUAGUAAUCUUCAUAUGGAAUUUUCUUGAGGUGCAUAUUUUACGUGGUUCAGCUGAAUAAACGCAUCCUUGGUGUCGAGAAAGAAGAAAAUUAGAUAUGAAUAAGUAUGUGUCUGUACACAGAAGGAUGUUAUAUACACCACAACGUAAGUCUUACAUACAAAGAUUCACAAUCAUUUUAGUUAUUGUAAUUACAUAACAUAUGAACAAUAUCAAAUAUAAUUAUGCCAUUUACAUUAUUUUUGACACA